UUUAAGAUUCGUGUCUCCUGCGCGAGAUCCAGAGCUUGAUCAGCAGCAAUGGCAGCGGAGAAGACCAAAGUCUUGGUGAUCGGCGCCACCGGAAGGCUCGGCCGGCACCUCGUCACCGCAAGCCUCGCCGCCGGCCACCCGACCUUCGCCCUCGUCCGUGAGCAUGCCUUUUCCGACCCUGACAAAUCCCUUCUCCUUCGCUCCUUCUCCGACGCCGGCGUGACCCUCAUCAAGGGUUCUUUGAAUGAUUUACAAAGUCUUCAUGAGGCAAUCAAGCUAGUUGAUGUUGUGAUUUGUUCCAUUCCUGGAAUCCAAUGCCUUAAUCAGCAACUUCUAAUUCAAGCAAUAAAGGAAGCAGGAUGCAUCAAGAGGUUUAUUCCAUCGGAGUUUGGAUGUGAUGUUGAUAAGAGCCAAAUUCUUGGCAUGGACCAUGGGUUUUAUGAGAAGAAAGCUGAAGUUCGCCGUCUUAUAGAGAAAGAAGGCAUUCCACACACCUACAUCUGUUGCAAUCUAUUCAUGGGCUAUUUGCUUCCAUCAUUGGUUCAACCAGGCCUAAUAAAACCACCGAGAGACACAAUGAAAAUCUUCGGUGAUGGAAAUGUUAAAGCUGUCUUUGUAAAGGAACUUGAUGUAGCUACUUUUACAAUUAACACCAUUGACGACCCGAAGACAUUAAACAAAGUGUUGUAUUUGAGGCCUCCUGGCAAUGUUGUUUCAUUUAAUGAACUCGCUGAGAUCUGGGAGGCGAAAAUACAGAAGAAGCUCGAGAAGAUUUACAUACAAGAGGAGCAGCUUCUGAAGCUCAUUCAAGAGACACCAUUUACCGGCAAACGGGAACUGAUCUUCAUCUAUUCUGCCUUUAUAAAGGGCGAUCAUACUUACUUUUGCAUCGAAGAAUCUUCAGGUCUGGAAGGAACCCAGCUUUAUCCAGAUGUGAAAUAUACGACUGUUACCGAGUUUCUAGAUUCUCGACUGAGUGAAUUCUAGGCAAUGUUGGUUGUAUUCUCUUUUCUCAUUCAAUUGUAACAUUUUGGUGAAACUGAUAAGAAAAAACUCUCCACAUCUUUGAAUAAAUAACACAGAUUUUCAGUAUUAA